CUUGCGAUCUGAUCCCCGUCCAUGGCGGCGUCCGCUCCGAACUGGACCACCCUCCUGCCGGAUCUCCUGGGCCAGGUGAUCGCCCGCCUCCCGCACAUCGCCGACCGCGCCCGUCUGCGCGCCGUGUGCCGCUCGUGGCGCUCGGCCGUGCGCCAGCACGUCUCCCCUCGGCGGCGGCUUCCGUGGAUCGUCCUCGAGGAAGGCCACUACCUGACGCCCUGCGAUGGUGCCGUCCACCGCCUCCCCUUGCCCAAGAACACCAGGUGCGUAGGAUCCACCAACGAGUGGAUCGCCCUCGACUCCACGGACAACGUCACGCGGGCGCACAGGUACGCGCUGCACAACCACUUCUCCGGCGCCACCGUGCCGCUGCCGGAGCUGGACUCCGUCAUCGUCGAGGUUCCGGACGAGUUCGAGACCCGCAAGGUGCUCAUGCGCUCGACCCCCGACGACCUCGUUGCGGUCACCGGUAACAUAUGGAAGUACCCUCUGAUCCUGUGCCGACCGGGGAAGGGAGUGUGGGUGCCAAGGCUAUUGGCCAUGAUGUACUGUUGGUGUGAGUUGAGAUUUAUGUAUCUGCCAGAGGGCUCAAGUGUAAAAUGUACAUAUAAUAUAGAUAGAGAAUAGAGAGAGAUAGAUCGGGAGAGAUCCAGAAAAUUCCCCAUUCAUCGCCUCUGCCCUCUCUCUCUGUUCUUCAACCCAGAUUACUCAAAUCUUCCUGAUUUUCGUAUGAAACUCAAUAUGGCAUCGGAGCAGGUUCAUUCCUUUGCGCUCUCCCUGCAAUUUUGAGCGCAGAUUGGCCGCCGACGAGGUGCUGUGUCGCCGUAGUCUUGAGCGUGCGGUUGUUGUUGUCGUGUGUGGUGCUGUGAUCUGUCCGCGUCUCUGUCUUCAUCCCCUCUGCACUCUGCAGUCCGCCGGAGUGAGGUGCUGCACCACCGCCGCUGGACCCGGACAUAGGUCUACAACGCUGCUCUGGUUUGGUCUCAAGUGGUUUGCGACGUGGUCAACUUCAUCCCCAAAGUGCUGUCCUACUUCUUCCUGGUACCUAUCAAGCCGCUGGUUCAUCUCCAAGUUUUUUAUUUGGCACAUAUUGUCUUGCGUGAGGUCUCCAUCACAAACAGAGGAGAGGCCAAGUUAAAUCAGACUAGUGUGCUACAGGCUACAACAAAUUAGCAACUGCCGUGGUGAACUUUAAUACAAUUGUUGAGUGUGCUUGGGGUGUGCUUUUGCAUUGAAAAUGUCAGAGCAAACUAAGGACAAAUCAGGGGAUUCAAGUAUAGAAAAAAUGUAUGAAAUAUUCAGUAAAUUGCUUGAGCAGCAGCAGCUUAAAGCAGUCCCAGAGACAGUUAAGUAUGCCCUGGAACCAAAUCCAGUGAGGUUAUCAGGUCCUGGCAACUAUGUCAGUUGGGCACGCCAUGCUCAAUUGAUACUGAGUUCUCAUGGCUAUGAGAACCUACUUGUAGAUGAUGAAGAAAAGCAGAAAAGUAAUGGUACUCACACAAGACAGAUCAAUGAUAGAGUUUUAGUAUGGCUGUUGGGAAGCAUGGAUCCAGUAGUGCGACAACAAGUCGAAAUAAUGUCAACUGUGUCUGAAAUAUGGACCGCUUUGGAGAAGCAAUUCACUGGGAAAUCAAACAAAAUGCAGGCAACCCGCAUUAUGGAGGAAUUAGUUCAUCUAAAUCAGGGUACAAAGUCUGUAACAGAAUAUGCUGGGGAAUUGAAACGGCUGUACAGGGAUCUGCACUAUUAUCAUCCUUUUCAACCAGUUGACAAGAAAGAUCUGGCCAUUCAUCACAAAUGGUUUGAGACAAUUGUGGCCAAGCUGUUUCUAGAUGGACUAAAUCAGGAGCUUAACCUUCGACGACAACUCAUAUUCUCUCAACCAGAAUGGCCCAGUCUUGAUGAUAUUAUUUCCAGUGUGCUCGAGGAAGAAACCCGGUUGGCUCAACCCAAGGAGGAGGAUCUAAAAUGUGGAGAUGACCGUGUGGCUUUAUCUAUGCAAUACCGCCAUACUCCCAGGCCCUUUGGCAAGAUAGAAAAACAAGUUGUUUUGUGAUCACUGUAAAAGAAAAGGACAUACAAAGGUUGGAUGUUUUGAGCUGCAUGGAUAUCCAUCAUGGUGGGAAAAAGGAAAAUCUCGGACAGGGGGAGUUCAGAGUGUGAAUAGAAGGCAGGCAAAACACACCGCGUCUCUACGGGAGCCACCAGUGGUAGAUGUACGAGCUCUUGAAGAGUUCAACUCCAAGCUUAAACUCUCAGAAAGCUCAUCUUCCUCCCAAGGCACUUCUAAGGUUGAUUCCAAUCUAAUUGCCACUUCUCACCCAGGAGCUAGGGACUGGGAAACAAUUGGGGACUGGGACCGAGCAUGAAGGACUUUAUUAUCUUGAUGAUGGAAGUGAUGAAGUGGCUCUUGCAUCAUGUUUGUCUUCCU